ACCCACGGAGGGGAGGGCGUUGGGUGGACAGCUCCGGUGCUGAUCUGUCUGCGCUGGUCCCUUAGCCGAGCGGGUGUGUUGCUGCUGCUGCUGCUGCUACUACUACUGCUGAGCCGGGCGUGUAGCCGGGGUUGGCUGCUGCUGCUGCUCACGCCGCUGGUUGGAGCCUCCAUUGCACUAGUCGGUCGAGGAGGAGAAGGGGCGCGUGGCUGGCUGACAAUGAGACACGAAGCUCCUGUGCAGAUGGCAUCUGCACAAGACGCCAGGUAUGGCCAGAAGGACACAUCAGACCAGAACUUUGAUUACAUGUUCAAACUGCUCAUCAUUGGUAAUAGCAGCGUUGGGAAAACUUCGUUUUUGUUCCGUUACGCCGAUGAUUCUUUUACAUCAGCUUUUGUAAGCACCGUUGGGAUCGAUUUCAAAGUAAAAACUGUUUUCAAAAAUGAAAAAAGAAUUAAGCUACAGAUUUGGGACACAGCCGGUCAAGAGAGAUAUAGGACAAUUACUACGGCCUACUAUCGGGGUGCAAUGGGCUUCAUUUUAAUGUAUGACAUCACCAACGAAGAAUCGUUCAAUGCUGUCCAAGACUGGUCAACUCAGAUAAAAACGUACUCUUGGGAUAAUGCCCAAGUUAUUCUGGUCGGCAAUAAAUGUGACAUGGAAGAAGAACGGGUAAUCUCCACUGACAGAGGGAAACAUUUAGCAGAACAACUUGGUUUUGAAUUCUUUGAAACAAGCGCCAAGGACAACAUCAAUGUCAAGCAGACGUUCGAGCGGCUGGUGGAUAUCAUCUGUGACAAAAUGUCAGAAAGUUUGGAGACGGAUCCUGCUGUUGCUGCUGGUAAACAGAACACAAGACUAAAGGACACUCCUCCUCCGCAGCAACCCAAUUGUGGCUGUUAAUAGAGUCGUUGUCGAUAGAGGCAGCUCCAGUGUGUUCUUUUGCCAAUAGAGUAUUUAACAUAGGAUCUAUAUGCCUUUCUUUAUAAUAUCUUACUGGUUCCUUUGGGGUGGGUGGGGAUAUGUCUUCUUUAAUGUCCACUGCUGGUACAGGAUGUGCAUAGAGUUAUUUUGUGGAACAGAUCGCAAACAUAUAAGGAUAGGACUCUCAAUUUCCCACCAUCUGGCUGCUGCAUGUAGAUGGCUGGAUUUUUUAAAUUUCUCUUAUAUUUACUUUUCUUCCACAUGCAUCCACUCCUACUUCA